AUGAUUGUUGCGACUGUUUCGUACGAGGAUCUCUUCACCAAGGAGGAAGGUCGCUACUUUGGCAGUACUUCUGACAACCACAUAACAACGUACAGCAACAUAGACGCAGAAGAGUGUGCUCGCCGCUGUUUGCAAGACAUCCUGGCGCCCAAAGAUUGUACUGACGUGUUCGCACUCGGGAUUCAGUACAGUCAUGUUUACACUAUCGGCUACCCGCAACCAUUCCAAGCCUACUGUGACAUGGUCACUGAUGGCGGUGGGUGGACGGUCAUACAGCGGCGGCAGGACGGGUCCGUGCCGUUUGACAAGACUUGGACUGAGUACGAGCAGGGAUUCGGCAAUCCUACUGUAGAGUAUUGGCUGGGAUUAAAGAACGUCCACAGCCUGACGACACAGAAACAAAACGAGCUGUACGUGUACUUGGAAGACUGGGAAACGAACAGCCGAUUUGCGCGGUACAGCACGUUUUCUGUGGGAAACACCAGCAGCAAGUACACGGCAACGAUCAGUGGGUACAGCGGGACUGCAACUGAUAGUUUGGACUCGUCUACUGAUGAUGGACGUCACAGCAUCAACAACAGACAAUUUUCUACAACAGACCAGGAUAACGAUGGUAUCAGUACCGACUGUGCGGGUCAAUACGGACAAGGAGGCUGGUGGUACACUCCAAGUUGUGGUUACGCCAUGUUGAACGGACAGUAUCUGACAGGCUGCUCAGUACCUUCAGCUUCAUGCUCCAGUGCAGAUGGAAUCGUCUGGUACACUUGGAGGCGUUACCAGUAUUCCUUGAAAAAAACGAUCAUGAUGAUUAGACCAGAUAAUUUUUCCGCCUCAUCAUUCAGACCGUGCCAGAAUGGUGGAACCCUCAAGUCAGGACCUGUUGAGUCAGGACUAUAUAUCUGCACAUGUGCACACGGAUGGUACGGUGCAUUUUGUGACCAGGAAAGUCCCAAAGACGUGACAAUGAACGUAAUCACAGUGAACUCUACAGCCCUCCACGUUACCUGGACGGUAGGAGUAUCCGGUAACCUCACCAUCAUCGACUCCCAAGUACGCUACAAACAGAGUGACACAGAGGACUGGGGAGUCUGGGCGUCAACUGGAGCCUCCAUUGGGAGCGGCGAUGUCUACAUUUACAACCUACGACCAGGAGCCAUGUACGAUGUUCAAGUGCGGCUCCCGGUGUUCCCCGCAAUUUGGCAGCCGUACCAACCUCACACAACUCUGUCCGCCUGA